CUAGGUUUAAACUGGUGUUGACCGGAAGAACAUGCCAGAGUCUAGCAUCGACAGUAUUCCUCCAUCACUGUUCGUUCUUCCCAACGGGACGCAGAUGACGUUCACGUUGCAUCGAUGUUCCGAUUUCUUUGCCCUUCUCCCGCUGGUCGUUGCUGGUGGUGGCGUACUCGAGAAACGCGUUCGUACAAACAGCAUUCUUUUGGCCGAGGCUGGCAGCUUAGUUGAGUCGGAUCGAUAUAUCCAUGUGCAAUACGUUAGAGACUGCAUUCGAGCUCGCCGACGCCUUCCAAUGGAUGGGUACAAAGUGACUCCAGGGAUCCAUGUCCCCGAAAUUCCAUCGCGGGUUCCUCAUGCAGAUGCAUCCGUUCCUUAUUUGCUCAAUCGACGCACCCGGAAACCAUUUACCAAAAUCGAAAGUGAAUCCGUAAAGAACUAUAUAUCAAAGCAUGGUCUUCAAGACAAAGUGCAUGGGCACUCUAUUUGGAGAUCGAUGGAACAGCUCGGGAUCACUAGUCAUUCAGCGGAGGGCAUGCGUGCUCAUUAUCUUCACUUGCUAGCCCGGGACAAGGAAAGCAAACGUCUGACCAAAGGAUCGCGUGCUAAACCUGUGCCAUUUACCGUUGAAGAGGAUGGGGCGAUUCUGGACUACGUGAAACGAAAUAAUCUAUCUGGCUCCAGAUUUGUGAAUCAGCGGAAGAUUUGGGAGGAGAUGAACCGAUGCUUAAGAAUGAGGCAUUCAGCCGAGUCAAUGCGUAGCCGUUUCAGGAGGCGACUCCUAGAAAAGUUGAGUUCUUCCGAAGAUGAUAAGUUGGAUGAUAUUUCAAUAUCGGAGACGUCGGAUGUCACUUCUCGGACGGAGAAUACGGCAUCUACCUCUACAGCCAUAACUUCGAGUCCACAGCGACGAUCUUCUAUACGUUUCAGUCAACGAAUCACUCGAACCAGACACUCUCUCUCUCCCGUUCAUACCGAGCGUGAUCUUAGUCCCAUGGACACUAGUCCGUUAGAUGAACUCGUUCUACCCAGUGAUUCGCAUCAUUCAUCGGAUCCUCGUAACUCGGAUGAACUUCCGCCCUUCGUGACCUAUUUGAUGAACGCUUCAAAGUUGCUCACAAGCCCAUUGCAAGUUUAUAUCUUGCUGAGUAUGACCAAUGGCUCGGUUACUCAAACGUUGAAUUUCAUUCGAACCGGUUUGCGGCAUCCGAAUAAACCAGCUGUGUUUAAUCCUCCACUAUGGACGCCAGAAGCAGAUGCGCAGCUUAAAUCCACAGAACUUUCCGUUCUCUGUGGAUUGAUCGAACGUUUCGGUGCAAACGAAAUAGUACGAACUCUUCACCUGUCAUUUUCCAUUGGAGCCCUAUAUAAGCAUCGUUUGUCUGUCAUGCCCAUUCACACGCCUCUCAGCCCUAGUCCCUCUGAGAAGCUCUUAGGCCCAGGCCAUGGACCGGGUGUCUGGCCUUUACGUGAACGUCUUGCAUUGGCCAGCGCCCUGCUGGAUGUGGACAAUCAGCAAGCUAGCUGGCAAGCCAUCGGAAAAAAAUUAGCACGCUUCACUACUGUCGACCGUCCUGGGGACUGGUGUUCCGCCCGUGCAUGUGCCAAGCAGUAUGCACUGUUGUUGGACUCAGCUGAACUAACCCGUCGUCAGAAAUCUCAUAACGAGAUCCAGGCCACUCGUGUUAACAUUCUUCAUGCAACUCAAAAUCCAGUCACUCCGGGGUUGAGUAUCACAGAGCGCCUCGUGAAGCGUCUCACUGCCGAGCGCGUAGAAGAAUUGCGGGAACGAAUCGAGUUGGGUCAGAAGUAUUAUGGUUUUCUUAAGACGAUGCACACUGAGAUUCAAGAGGGGCUUUAUGACAAUCACCUUGAGAAGCUUUGUGAAGUUAUGAAUAUUCCACUAACUUCAGAAAGGGAUAUGUCGGUUUCUGACACAGAGGAAUCCCAAAUUUCUUCAGGAAGUCGCGAAACCCGGUCCAAAUCUGCUUCGAAAAGCUCCACUCAAGCAAUUGAUGAGAAAAUUUUGGAGUUCGCCCAAUCCUGGUCAGAAGUGGAAACCAUGUGUCAAGUACCCAAAUCUGUGUGGAUUUGUCCUCCAGGUAUUGCGGCUGGCAAAACCACCAAGAACAUAUGUUCAGGAACUGCUGGAGCCGCACGCUUGAAUCAGCUGCUGAACGAGGCAUCGGCUACUUUCCGUUCUUCAGGUUCAAAACCACCUCUUGCUGUAUUAGGAAGGCGUUCCCGGUUGACUGUGAAGUCUGCCGGUGAAACUGCAGCCUCCCGCAACACCACGGCAACUACGCGGGCUGCCGUAGCCACCCGACAACGGUAUCUUGCUAAUGCUGCUCGAAAUCGAGCACCCUCGACUGCACGCGUUGCUCGUUCGCUACCUACUCGGGCAAGAAAGGUACUGGUUACGGUUCCUGAUACCAGUCUUGAUGAAAUACAGUCAACCGUCUAUCGAAGUCCUACACAAAGCCUUAGACCUGAAUCGAUGCCUGAUUCACCCAGCUUGAGGAGAGCAUCAACAACUGCCCUUGAGCUAGGUGAGUUCCCCGUGGGCAUCCUUAGCGGUGCAUCAACUCCAUCAACUACAGCGAUGUGUUCGUCCGACACAGAUGAGCUCUCGGAUGUUGCCGCAGAGGAAACUCUUGGUGUGUCAUUUUCAUCCGAUAGUUCUUCUACUGACAAAGCAAGCGAUUUGGAAGAGGAUGAAGCUGCUACUCCCGCCAUGUGCGCAACAUCAAACUCAGAUGCCUCUCCAAGUUCGUCACAAAUGACAGAAGCUGCGAGUCACGUAACUGAGACAGAAGGAGAUAGUCCACCGGAUGCGUUGACUGAUCAGCCGGAAACAGUGUCGGUCGGAUUUGACAGCGAAGGCACACCAACUGUUAGAUCGCUUGUAGCGGAGCCUGUGACCGGUGAAAUUCCGUCACCCAUGACCGUUCCUGACCCUCCGCUUGUUUCUGCUCCACUACCGAUUGAAGAUGCUGAAGAUGCUGAAGAAGAAGAAGAAGCAGAAGAGGAAGUGAAAUCGACGUUUCCCGAGGAAGUACCCGAGGAAGUCCCCGGAGAAACCUCUUCUUCGGUACCAAGUAUGACGAUGAUCAACAAAUUCCUAGUCGCCAGUCCAGCCUAUAUGGAAGUUAAACUGGAGGCUUCGCCUGGUGCCUCCAGCGAAGAUGUUUCUGCAGCAGAGACACUACCAAAAACACUUGAACAAAAAAGUGAACCCGAUACGGGUACGUGUCCGACCGCAGAACUCACCGACGGCCUUCACGCUACACCGUACCCACAAGAAACCAAUAUUUGUGUUUCUGAGACUCCGAGCAUACCAUCAACCUACUCCGUUUCUUCCCAAACCCCCACUGCUGUUUCGCCCAAAGUUAGUGGUAAACUAGAGUCAUUUGUGUCUGCGACGCCAAUCUUGGCUGUAUCCUGUGAAACUACCGAGCCUAACGUGCUCCCUGUGGUACAUUUAAAUUCACCGGAAACCGAUCCUCAUUUUAACUUGGAAUAUCCGUCUCUGGACUUGGAAACUUUAUGCGUGCCCAAAACUGAUGCAGGCGAUUUUGAUAAAUCUCAGGUAGCAGGAGACCCCAGUCUGCAUCAGUUAGGUAUCGGUGUUGUAACAGCGGCUUCUCCAAUCGAUGCACCAUCACCGGCAGUUUGUCUGAGUUUACUCAAUGACAGUGAAUUAACCUGUGCGAAAUCUCCGGAUUCUCCUCCGCCCAUACUGAUCCAACCAGAUAAGGAGCUCGCAGUUGAACUUUCACCCUUCACAGAAAGCGACUAUCUCUGUUCGAUACGUGUCGUUUUGGAAAAAAAUGUCGAAUCUCCAUCAGUGUCCAAUGGUUCACAGCAUCAGCGUCACGAAAAUAUGAUCAAUGACAAUCUUGGUGAUGGCAAAACUGUAUGCGGUAAAGACAUUCAGGAUCACCGAACACGACGGCCACAUACGCGUAAACGCAAGUUCACCAAAAGUAUCGAGAAGCCUUUAUUUGUUGACUCCCCGUUCGUCAGUCUUCCAACCUUAGAUGCGGAUGAACUGGCUUUGCUAGGUGUGCAAGCUGAACCGAGUCCAACGGUCAAAAUCGAACCGUUAUCUUCCAAUUUCAGUCCCAUUCGUCCCCAAGAACCCACUUCUUUGGGAAUGGCUGCGUCAGGCGCCGCACCACUUUCUGUCGAAGAAGCUAAAUCGACACCUACGGGUAAAAAACAGCGAAGCUUACGCUUGCGUCUCAGUCGGAAAGGUUCGCACAUGGUUGUUGUUCCCAGCUCGAGCACAUCCAGUGUGACCACAGCAUCGCCCACUCUGAGUGGGCUCGGAGACGAACCAUUCGUGCAGAUUAAACCAGAUCAAGCCACUACAUGGCAGUGCUGGUGUUCGGAUAUUUUAGACGCCGCUGAGUCAGCAUUGCAACGCUUCUCCUUCACAGCAUCCCCAUCCAAAAGACUACACAAUAUUUCAUCGGAAUCCGAAGAAACAGGCAGAAAAUCCGUAUUACGUAUUGUUGAAACGAUUCGGAUGCAGCUACGCGACGGUAGCAUAACAAGUCGGCCCCAAUUCGUGCACCAUCUUUUAGCCGCAUUAGCCAAUCUGGUCAUGCGAUAUUCUAGUGAUACCGUUCAGUUUGCUGCUGCAACGUACGUCUACAAUAUUGUUGGAGAACACCUUACAACAAACUUGUGGAGUACUCCGUCUAGUGUUGUGCAGCCGUUGACGACGUUACAUAGUACAAAAAGGGCGAAACCGGUUGUGGGCUGUCGACGGAUUUUCAGCAACCUUACGAGUAGUACACUACAAAGAUAUAAAUGUAUCGCGAUAUCUCGAAUAUCUUGGCGACUGAAACAUGAGGCGGACUGGUGCAGCACAUUCAGUUGCCAGAAAACAUCACAAACGAAAGAUUCAGCUGGGUUCCAG